GCGCGUGUAGAAUGUGACGGUGGCGGUUGCGCGGACGCCGCGGGAUUUUUCGGAGUAAUCGGAGUUGGCCCCCCCAGUCACAAGUCCUGGCAAGCGGCGAUCGCGAGGCGUCGCGUCGUCCGCGUCAUCGCGCGAAGAGACGGCGAAGAGAGAGGGAGAGAGUGGGCGGAUCGCGUCUCGUCCCGCGAAGUCGAUGGUCGGGGUCCCGAUCGGUCGCGUCCCGAUUUGACGGCGAGGCUCCAGGAUGCUGAGGUUCCUGUCGCGACGGAGGGCGCGCGGCGUCAGCGGCCAGACCGCCUCGUCGCAGAUCAAGAACCAGAGACUGCCCAGCAAUAAGAAUAUCGUGCAGUGCAGAGUGGUGUUGCUGGACGGCACGGAUCUGCCGAUAGAGCUGUCGAAAAAAGCAUUGGCUAGUGACUUGUACGAACAAGUGUUCUAUAGUCUCGAUUUGAUCGAGAAGGAUUACUUCGGCCUCCAAUAUACGGAUAGCAAUAACGUCCAACACUGGCUGGAUCCAACGAAACCCAUCAAGAAGCAAGUCAAAAUUGGACCUCCGUACACGCUCAGAUUGAAAGUGAAGUUUUACUCUUCGGAACCGAACACGUUGCGGGAGGAGCUGACGCGAUAUCAGUUCUUCUUGCAAUUGAAGCAAGAUGUUCUGGAAGGCAAGCUUCACUGUCCUCAUCAAGUUGCGGUUCAGUUAUCUGCUCUGUCUCUUCAAUCCGAACUAGGAGAUUACGAUCCCGCUAUGCACAGCGCCGCGACUGUGUCGGAAUUCCGCUUCGUACCGGGCCAGACGGAGCAGAUGGAGCUGGAGAUACUGGAGGAGUACACCAAGUGUUCCGGCCUUAGCCCGGCCCAGGCGGAAUCCGCGUAUCUCAGCAAGGCCAAGUGGCUGGAUAUGUACGGCGUCGACAUGCACAUUGUUCUCGGCAAGGACGCCUGCGAGUACUCCCUGGGCCUGACACCGACCGGCAUCCUCGUCUUCGAGGGCACGCAGAAGAUAGGCCUGUUCUUCUGGCCGAAGAUCGGUCGUUUGGACUUCAAGAAGAAGAAGCUGACGCUGGUGGUCGUGGAGGAGGACGACGAGGGCAGGGGCGAGCAGGAGCACACCUUCGUGUUCAGGCUGGUGAACGAGAAGGCCUGCAAGCACUUGUGGAAGUGCGCGGUGGAGCAUCACGCCUUCUUCCGUCUGCGCGCGCCGGUCAAGGGCGCCAGCGGCCGCCAGAACUUUUUCCGCAUGGGCUCGCGUUUCCGUUACAGCGGCAAAACGGAAUUUCAGACGACGCAGCUGAAUCGGGCGCGCCGCACCGUGCAGUUCGAGCGACGGCCGAGUCAGAGAUACGCACGACGGCAAAGUCACGUUCUUCGCGAAAGGCAGCGUCAACAGCAGCAGGUGGAGCAGCCGCAACCUUCUCCACCUCCAGCCGACGAAGAACCCUUGCAGCGCCAGCCGAGCGUUAGUCGCUCCAGUACAAAGAGUACUUCGGAUUCCUCGAGCGUUCAAGGCACUACGUCAUCGCCUUUGGUGGAUUCCCUUCUGAAGUCUCUCGCCAAAGAUCAACAACCACUGGAGGCGAGAAACCAAACGACGGCCGGCAGUAGCGAGAAAGAGUCGGAGCCUAUGAAGACCAGCCUGACGGUUGAAACUAUCGCCAAUCAAGUGCAGCUAGUGCCGAACAAUCAAGUGGGCGGUACGUCGUCGUUACCUCCUCGAACGCCGAUUCCGCCGGAGUCCCUAAAGUGUAACAUAUUGAAGGCGACUCUCGAGCAGGGAAAGAAUUCGAAUUUGGUCUCCAUCACGUCUACAGACAGCACUGGAGUGAUCGCGAAGAAGAAUCAACACUCGGACGCGGCGACCAUCGUUUCCGUGGGUGGUGACAAACUGACCCUCUCUGUGAGCGGAGCGACGACAGCGGUAAAUCCUUCUACGGACGACGCUGUUACCGUAACGCAUUUUUCGUUGGACAGUUGGGGACAGAUCGAACAGAAGACCACGCCGUUAAGCCCGAAAGUGUCGAACCAGUCGCAAAACCCUUUCAAUCCCUUCACUAACGACACUAGCGGCAAUGACGCGUCUAACACGCCCGAGGCUUCCGAGGAGGAAGCGAAGCCGGAAGACGACAAGAAGAAGAACACCAAUCCCUUCAUAGACUCGAAUCCGUUCUUGGGCAUACUCAAUCCCUUCAAAGAUUUACAACCGGUUACAACGACGGAGAAGAAGGUCGAGGCGGAUACAGAAAAAGCCGGAGCGCGAGUCGUUAAAACCGAGGAGAUACAAACGACCACUACGACACUUACACACAAGGAUGAGAGUCAAGCGGCGUCAGACAUUAGUCCCUGGCUGGUAGCGGAUCCGUCGCAAAGCCCAGCACCUGAUCAAACACCAACUAAGCAUACAGUAAUCACGAGAAAGACGGUAAUUACCACACAGUUGUAAAAUAUUUAUUAAAUAUUACAAAGGGGAAAGUAAUGUCGAUGUACAACGCGCGAGAAAGUAGCACCAACGUAUGUAUAUUUACUUUGGUCUUCCUCGGACUGUCUACAUCCUUCUUUUUUUUUUAUUUACUUUACAAAGUGCGUGAUGUUAGUCAUGACAAUUGCGGCAAUUGUGACAAUUGAAAUUGGACACGUAAAAAACCUAUAUGCUACAAAAAUAGCUUUCGCGAAAGGGUCCUAAGUGUGUACUUAAAUACAAAAGCAGAGUACCAUUUUGUGGGAAGGCAUUGCUUAAGUCACUGGCUUAAGAUAUCUUUAUGUCAGUUAGUAGGGAUCGUUUUUAUAUCGACUAAGAAUUUGCAUAAUGAGGUAAGCUUUCUGUUUAUAGCGUCAUACGAACAUUCCUUAAUUAUACGAUGCAUUUACCUUAAGCUUAUGUGUUGAUAAAACAAGUGUCCUUACAACAUGCCAAUAUGUAUUAUAAAGUACUUAUGCAAGGUCUAUUCGUGUUAAACACACGUUUGUUUUUUGCAAUUUUACGUUUUUUUUUCUUUCUACUUGCAAAGGAUGAAUGUACUUUUUGUUUCGCUUUAAUUACGAAAUGUAAACGGAGUGCAGCUAAAACGAACAGACCUACAUAUUUCGUGAGGCAACAUGUAUUCUCGUGUCUAAAUAUUAAGAGCCUAUGCAUUUAUAAGGUAGCACUUUUGUAUUAGCAGCCAUUGUGCCUUCGAAUUUUUAACGUGCGAUGGACGAGUAUGCAAUUAUGCGAAUACGUAAAAACGAAACAAAAAAACGUAUUCGCUGUGACUGAUUAAAAAUAUAAGUAUUACAUUCCCGUUAUACAAUAAUAUCAUAUAAAUUACAUAAAUAAAUAAUCGCUAUGUAAGUAGACUUGACUAAAACUUUUUUGAGAAUACUUUUGUCGAUGAAAAAUCAUAGAUUUGCUAUAAUUAAUCAGAUCAACUGGUGACGUUGAUUCUAUGUACUCUUUUUGAGAUUUGUGGAUAAUGUAUUUAUGUAUUAUAAUAACGACAAUAAUUGAUAGACAAAAUAAAAAAUUAAUACGCGAAUCAUCGCCAGUCUUAGGUAGUAAAGCACAACUCGUGCCUCAAACAUGCAUGCUAUAAAUAUAUUCGCGUUUAUUAUUUCACGCCUAUGAAACUAUG